AUGACAGACGUACGAGGUGCUGCUGCAAAUGUGACUGAUGCCGCGGCUACUGAAGAUUUAACACCGUCAAAAACCAUUCUAAAUGGUAUGCGGGUGUACUUUGUUAUUGGUGCUUUGGGAUGGAUAGCUUUUGAGAUUGGACGAAUGAAGUUACAACGUGCAUAUUAUUGUCGUGAAGAAAAACCGGAGACUGUGAAUCGAAUUGUCACGAAAUGUCGUGAGACGAAAGCUUUUCGAUGGAUGACAUUACUUUUUCUUACACGAGAUGAUGAAAUUUUGGAAUCUUGUGGUAUGGAUACUUUAUUUUUCUUACGUUUCUUACGAUUAUGUGAAAAAGUAACAAUUGUUGGCAUAAUGUGCUCGACGGCAAACUUUCCCAUUUAUUAUUAUGCUCAACGCGAUUCUUUGGAUUCGUUAUAUCGUAUGACAUUAUCUCAUUUAACUACUGAUCAAAUGUGGCGCUUUUGGUUUACUGUAAUGACGAUGUAUCUUGUAUCAUUCACAACAUGUUAUUUGUUAUGGAAAGAAUAUAAAGAAUAUAUUAAACGACGUCAUGAAUACAUGUCAAGAAAACAUACUCAACAGUAUACAGUUGUUGUGAAUGGAUUACCUUCGCAUCUUUGUACGCAACAAACAUUGCGAAAUUACUUUGAAUUGCUCUAUCCAAAGUCUGUACUUCACGUUUAUGUGGCUCUUGAGUGUCGUGAUUUAGAAAAACUUGUGGCUGAGCGUGUCAAAGUACGUGAUAAAUUAGAACAUACGUUAGCACAAUGUGCUAAAACUGGAGAACGUGUGAUGACAACUGACGCACUUAUUGGAGGUGAUAAAGUGGAUGCUGUUGAAUUAUAUCAAGAUCAAUUGAAUGAUUUAAACAAAGCUGUGGAAAAAGAAGUUCGUGUGAUUUUACGUAAUCAAGCAGCAGUAACUCGUCAAUUGGUCGAAUCAAGUGGUGAUGAUGAUGAUGUUCGAGCUAAUCCUGAUGUGAUUACUGGUAGUAGUAUUGAUCUAAUGGUUAAAGACAAUGAAGUUGACGAAGAUGCAGUGGAGAGUCAGUAUAUCAAGAGUCUAAAACGUCAAGAUCAAAAAGAUCUUGGUAUUAUGCGACCUGCAGGAUUUGUUACGUUUCGUCAUUUAAAAGCCGUGCAAUCAUGUACUCAAAUCUUACAAAGUGCUCAUCCAACGCAAAUGAUUGUGGAACCUGCAGCUCAUGUUGACGAUGUGGUUUGGGAAAAUAUUGGUUUAUCGAAAAAUACCAAAGAUACGUGGUUUAUGAUCUCGAUUGCGAUUAGUACUGCAAUUAUUUUAUUGUGGACAAUUCCAACAGGUUUAGUUGUAUCCUUAGCCAAAGUAUCAACACUUGAAAAAGAGUGGGCAUGGCUUGAACGAACAACAAAUGAUCAUCCAUGGGUGGAAUCAUUAUUGGAACAAUUAUCACCUUUAAUGCUUGCUGUAAUGACUGCAUUGGCUCCAAUAAUUUUUGGUCUUCUUUCAAAACGUGAAGGACAUGCUUUUGCUUCUCAAGUAAAUGCUUCAUUACUUAACAAACUUGUGAUCUAUCAAAUUUACGUGACAUUCUUACUUCCAAUUAUUGGGGGUACAGUUAUUGAUGCUGUUAUUGGAUCAAGUGAUACUGAUUUAAAUGCAAGUGCAAUUCUCACUUUAAUUAGUGAUUCUGUUGCAGUUCAAUCUUCGUUUUUUAUCACCUAUCUUUUAGUCAAGAUAGGAUUAAAUUUAACGCUUGAAUUAUUACGUGUCACACCGAUAGUAAAAGCUGCUAUCUAUCAAGUCUUUGCACCGAAAUUAACUCCACGUGAACGUGCAUCUCCGUGGUUUGGACUUACAUCACUUUCGAAUCCUGGAGAUUUUAGUGCAUCGGAUCAAGUUUCCGAGUAUUUUUUGGUUUUGAUGCUUGUAUUAGUUUUUUGUGCAAUUGCACCAAUUCUGAAUUAUUUUGCACUUGUGUAUCUAAUACUUUCGGAUUUUGUGUAUCGCUGGGCUGUCAUUUGUGUCUAUGAACCAUCGACUCAAACGUCUGGUACCUUUUUUCCAUCGUUGUAUCGUUUUAUUGUGGGUGCACUCAUUUUUUCGCAAAUUAUUAUGGCAUCUGUCUUGGCGACAAAACAAGUGGCAUUACCUGCUACUCUUUCCAUCAUUUUACCAUUUUUAACUUUGGCAUUUCAUUUAUUUGUGUCAUCACGAUAUCCGAGAAUUGCACUUAAUUUACCAUUAGAUCAAGCUGUGAUCAUUGACUCACGUCGUUCACGUCAAUUGAAUGAUUUGGAACAUGUGCUGGAGAAUGUUUAUUUACAACCAGCAUUGUUAGAACGUGAGCCACUAGAACCGGAUUAUCAAGGACUAAUGAGUGAUCCAAAUGAACAAAAUCAACUUGCAUCUCCUCCACCUGUUGAGAAGGAAUCGUUUCGAUCGCAUGACAAGCAGGUUUUCUCUCCAGCAUGA